AUGGAGGGUCUUUUUCGUACCGGACCCGCUCACUAUUCCCUGAUACUUUCCGUGCCAGAUGGAAAGUUCGCAGAUGUGUUCCAACGCACCGUCGUCUUUCUGAAUGAUUUGGAGCAAACAUGGCGCGACAAGAUUCAUACUCCUUUCCAAGUCCUUUCCUGCGUCCAGAUGGACCCUCGUCGCGGAAAAGACUUGAUCUUAGUCAACGUGGAUGUUACGACCGUACUUUGUCACGCCGAGUGGAAGACACGUCCUUCUUUAGAGAGUUUGACAGACAGCGUGCCCGUCAACCCCGAAGACUGCGAGAUUUUGGAACCUGGCGCCCUUUUGCGAUGCGAUGUGACGAUUUGCCGCGAAGAUGCGCCAGACUUAGGCGGCUUGGUGUGGAACACGGCAUGGAUAUUGGGAGGUGACCGGAUUGCUCGCAUUGGUCGGGCCAGUGCGGCAAGUUCUGAUGAGUCUGAACAUGGAGACUUUACUCGUUCCGAGCCAGAGGGCACAUUAGCCGAUCCCGUGCAUGAUUCUGGGGGUAGUAACACUGCGGGAUACGGGCGACUCGUAGCACAGGGAGUAAACGGUAAAAGCCAGGCUGACCACGAUAGCGUGUCAGCGUUUGGGGCAGAGUCGGAAGAGGCGAUCCGAUCAAGUGACUGA